GGGGAUGCAGCCAAUCACGGAGCUUCCCUGAAAGCUGAGAAUAAGGGAGGAAAAAGGGGCCUGGAGAGUUUGCAUUUCUGUACCUCAUUUGUUGCAGGGCUGCAGGAGAAACCGAACUCCGUGCAUCUUGCAAGCAGAAGGACCCAGUUUCUUUCUUUCUUUCCUCCUUUUUUUUUUUUUUUUUUUACCAAGGUACGAACUGAUGCGUCUUUUGCGCUGUAGCCGGGAGCUCGUAAAGCCCCUCUAACUUUUCAGGACUACGAUCAGAAUGCGGGACCAGAAGUUUUUAACGACACGCUGCCGUCUCUGAUCAGAUAUUGCGCUCUGGACGUCCGGACGGGAGUUUGUCUCCGCGGCUGAAGGCUUUGGGAUCAGAAACAGAUUCGCAGGCGUGCGCACGGAUCCCGUGAGGAGCGAGCAGCCCGCAGACAUGAGAGCAGUGGUCAUAUGCGCGCUUCUGCUGGCAAAAGUUACUCUUGGAAAUGCCUGUGCCAGUGGUCGGUUCACUGAAUCGGGGCAGUGUUGCAGCCUGUGCCCUGCCGGCUACGGAGUGGCAGAAGAGUGUGGGAAGGAGGAUACCAAAUGUGCACCGUGCCUAAAGGGAACAUUUUCCCCGUCUGAAGACCUUGGCCUUUGCCUGCCAUGCAGCAAGUGCCCGCCCAGCGUCCCUGAGGUGGCUUUUUGCUCGGCCACUCGCGACACGCAGUGCGAAUGCGACGAAGGCUUCUUCUUUCUUGGCAAAUACGGCCUGUGCGCGCCCUGCUCCAAGUGCAGUUACGGGGAGGGGGUCGUCCGGGAUUGUGGAUACGAGGGAGACAGGCUGUGCCGGACCUGUGGCCCGGGAACCUUCUCUGAAGAGGAGAUUACCACCAAGCCCUGCCAGACCUGCACUAAGUGCUCCGACAGCGAGGUGGAGAUACGGUCCUGUAUGCCUCAGUCUGACACACUCUGCAUGGAUAGGAAGCUCCACAUUCGGUCUCCCGUUGUUGAGACGGAUGAAACUCCCCGCUGGGUGGCCCCUGAUGGCGUAAAGGAGGAGGAGGAGGAGGCCAGUCCUUCUCCAGAAACGUCUGCGUUCAGCCCAGAGGACGAGGGCAGCAAUAACAUUCUCAUCUAUGUGUCCGUCCUGGCGGCUGUGGUGCUGGGCUUGAUCAUUUAUGUCGCCUAUAAAUGCUGGAGAUCGUGCAAACAGAAGAAGGCGCUGUCUAAGGCCCGAGCAGCCGAGCUGGGCGCGUCUCCAGAGGGAGAAAAGCUCCAGAGUGACAGCGGCGUCUUUCUGGACUCCUACAGUCUCCAGGACAACCAGCCCAGCAAAGGAACGAGGAGAGACAGCAAGCCGGACAAUCGUCUGUACACCAACCUGCCCCAGCAGAGGCAGGAAGAGGUGGAGCGGCUUCUGCAGGAGGGAAACGGCCGGGGCUGGAGGCACCUGGGGGCCACUCUGGGCUACGAGCCCGAGCAGCUGGACCUGUUCGGGCGAGGAGAAGCCCCGGCCCACACGCUGCUCUCCAACUGGGCCCAGAGAGAGGGCUCCACCUUGGGACUGCUGUGCUCGGCACUGGCCCGCAUUGACCGGCCCGAUGUGGUCACAGCUCUGAACAGCCCCUCCCCGGGUGUUUCUGUGGUCUGAGCAUUUGUCAGCCCUGUACAUGACACUCACAAACUCAAGUGAAGAACUUUGACAUGAAAAGAGAGGCACUCUGAUUACAGCUAUUCCAAAAACUGCUGGAAACUGCCACUGAUGGUUUUUUUCCCCCCUUCUUCCUUUUUUUCUUAAACAUGACUCAGUUUGUUUUAAAGUGGAUCUGACUGUAUGAAAGAACCGCCUGCUGUGUUUUGCCACAGAUCAAAUCAUCUGUCACAGCAGGAAAUUAAUAGACUGAAUAUACAGAGGACAACCAAGUCAUCUGGAACAAGGAAGAAUGACCCUCACAUAUGCCGCAG